CUAGUUUCCUGUGUACCCACCGGAAAGGCCGGUGACGGCGAUGCAUACGCCAAGGGGACUGAUUCACAUGAACGUGGCGCCUCAGGGGUGGAUUAAUGCGGUGGCGAUGGUGUAGAGACACAUGAUUAGGGCCAUGCAAACGGUUAGUCCACAUAUUACUCAGCCCUACAUUGACGACUUGGCGGUCAAGGGUCCGAAGGAGAAGGAGGAAGACGAAGUGAUGCCAGGAGUGAGGCGGUUUGUCUGGAAGCACGUCCAAGAUAUCGACCAGGUUUUGGGUCUGCUGGAAGAGCAUAACCUGACGGCGAGCUGCCCCAAGUUGAAGCAUUGCAUGAGGGAGGCCACGAUUCUAUGCUUUGUCUGCAACGAGGAAGGGCGGAGACCAGAUGUGAAGAAGACGGACAAGAUCCUAGCGUGGCCAGUCCCUUUUCGGUCAAUAACGGACGUGAGGAGUUUCCUUGGGACCUGUGGGUUUUGGAGGAGUUUUGUAAAGGACUUCGCCACCAAGAUGGAACAUUUAAGAAAGCUGGUACGUCAGGAUCAGGAAUUGGUCUGGGGCGAAGACCAGGAAAGGGCUGUGGAUGGGAUGAAGAGAGAAUUUAAAGAAGGAGGGUUGGUGCUAGGGGCGCCAAACUACGAGGCCACAGAGGAGAAGUCGUUCAUUGUCGAGACGGACGCUGGGCCUACUGCCUUAGGAGGAGUCCUGAUCCAGGCACAUACUAUUGGGAAGGAGAGGCCGCUGAGGUUUGAAAGCCGUACCCUUAAUACGACUGAAAGGAACUAUUCGCAGUUCAAGAAAGAGACGUUGGCGGUGCUCCAUUGCCUAAGGACCUUCCGUAACUACAUCUUUGGCAGGAGGCUCAUUCUAAGGGUGGACCCUACCGCGCUGGCGGGAGACAAGAACAGGGCAGAUGGGCUGAGCCGUAUUAACUGGGAUAAGACGAGCAAAGAGUCAAUUGAGGAUACCCCACCAGUCGAUGGGUUCUUGGAUCAGGAGGAAGAUGUCCGCCUUCACAUAAAUGAGUGGUCGCUGAGGGUGCCAAGCUGUGUCAUGCAUCCUAUAUGGCUAGCACCAAAGGGGUACGAGCAGAAGAAGGAGUUGGUCCUCAAGCCCUUCCAAGAAGAAGAUCCAUGGGGGAGUAAGGAGGUUGGCUGGAUGAUGAGGUUGGCAUUGGCAGGGAUAUAUAGUCUAGCGGAGGAGGUAAGGACGAUAGAGGAAGGCCCAACCCAGGCAGAGGAGCAUGAGCAACUAAUGGGAGGAAUGUACUUGCUCACUAACACGCUCCUGCAGAGGAAUUUUGACCGGAGGAGCGCUGUCGGUUCCGAGGAAGGUGAGCUUCUUAUUCCUAAAAGCCAGGACGACGAGUUUGAAGAGGGGGAGAUUAGGGAGGCCUUCCGUGCUGAGGAGUAUGACGGAAUUUAUCGCGAGUUGGGGUUACUCCUGUCAUGUGAAAUGAGGGAUAGGGACGCAAGUGCCAAAGCCCAGAAGAUGAGGCACCUCUACGUAAUGAGAGACGACCAUCUGUUCAUAAAGCGACAAGUUGGGAACCCCAAGAGGAUUGUAUGUGGAAGGAACCGACAGAUUGAUGUCAUAGCAGCCUUGCACGACGGUAUAGCAGGGGGGCACAGAGGGGUUAGUGCCAUGUGCGCAAAGAUAAGUGAGCUAUACCAUUGGGAUGAAAUGCUGACUAUGGUCAUCAAGUACUGCCAGUCAUGUGUACCCUGCCAAGAGAGGUCAGCGCAAAGGUCGGGGGAACCCCUGCACCCAAGGCUGGAAAGGGAAGUGGGUGUGGUCGUACACCUGGACCUACUGUUCAUGCCGGUGGGGGAGAAUGGGUGUAACUAUAUCUUCGAUGCACGGGAUAACCUUACUGGGUUUGUGGACGGUCGGGCUAUUCGGACGAAGACCGGCCCAGUUCUGGCCAACUGCAUCGAGGAAUACUACAUGCGCUAUCCUUUUGUCAAGGAGUUCGUGAUGGAUCGGGGAUCAAGAUUUACCUGCAAUGAGAGGGGCGGGAGGGGCAAGCGGCCACGACAGAGACCUCAGGAAGUAUCGGGAGAAGAUGACUCGCGCAGACCGGUUGGGAGGGAGUCUACGCCUAUCUUCGACGACGGUAACAUAGAGCUUUUCCUGGACUCCUACCAGGCACAUGCGACACGGGAGGGCUGGUCUACCUUGGAAAGGAUACGGCACCUGAGGGGAGUUGGGCGCUUCGAGGAGCCUAUCGCGCACAUUCGAGAGGAGGCGUUGACAAGGCGGGAUGUGGAGGCAGGAAUGCAGAUGUUGAGGGCUUCGCCGAUGGGACCGGAUGGGUUGCCCAUUCGAUUGGAGGAAGGCAAUGUGGAGGAGUUCAUCCCGGCCCAUGAGCAGUAUUUGCGCGACCAGGGGACUGGGCAGGAAGAGUGGAUGCAGAUGCUGCCCCUCUGGACACGGAGGGCAGAGAGGUCGUUGGAAAGGCAGAUCCGGGAUAGGGCACACGACUGGGAGGACUGUCAGGCCCAGUUGAGGCGGGCAUUUCGACGACUGGAGCCCGAGAGGCCGGAGCCCAGGGUAGAGAGGCGACAGAGGAGUAAGAGGCCACGAGACCCAGAGGCGAGAGGGGCCAUUACGACCCGAGGGGGCCGAAAGGCCUUGGCACAGCGAGAGGGGCCAGCGGAAGCCGCCCAGACAGUGGAGCCUGUUCAGGCUGCGAGGCCGGCUCAGGUAGCAGGGCUACCCCUUACUCACGGACUUGAGCAGGUGGAGUUUCAUCGGAGCACGCGCAGUGAUCUACAGGGUUCAUCGCCUGUGCUACCAGAGGAGAGGGAGGUCAUGCCAUUCAGGACGCCGUUCGACAGGCUGGAGGCCCACCUCGGCGCGUCCCAAUGGGGGGCGUCACAACUGGGGGCAAACCAUGGCGGGCCGGCCCAGUAUGAGCCAAUAGCGGAGGAGUCGGGGGAGGAGCGGCAUGAGGCGGGGCCUCGUGGGCCCGAGGAGCCACAGACUGAGGGGGUUAUUACUGUUGGAGAUGAUACCCCUCCGCCUACCCCGAUUCCGGAGCACCUACCACAACACUGGUCUGAGGGAAUCCCCGAGCCGGGUAGCGAGGAGAUUUCGAUACCACCAUUGGGGGCCACUACGCCACCUCCGACGCGGACGGGGCCAGAGGAGGGCGAGAGGGCGAGGAAGCCUGCUACCGCGGCGCCACAACUGACUGAGCCUGUGGGGGAACGCAUGGACGUGGAGGUGCCGAUAUCUGAGGAGCCUCCGCCAGAGCCGCCACCCGCAAAGGAGGGGACGAGUGAGAGAGGCCCGCUACGAGGGGCUCAUGAGGCGAGGGUAAAGAGGCCAUCGGGAGAGACGAAAGAAGAGAAACACGCGAGGGUACAGGUACGCCUUGAAGAGCUCUACCGGGAAAAGCUUAGAAUGAAGGCCGCAGGAGAAGCGCCAAAGCCGCCAGUUGACCCUUCGACGAGCGAGCAGAGGAUUAGUGAGGCUUGGGCCAGCUAUGAGAGCAAGAGGGAUGCGGCUCGCCUGAGGUCGCGAGAGGAAGGACAGGGGCGUGCAGGAUUGGACGAGGCACGAGAGACGGAGGACUUGGGAUUUUCAGCCGCCAGGAUGGAAAUUGAGCGUGCAGAUAGGAGGGUAAGUGAGGUGGCAAUUUCGUCCUUCCAACGGUACUCCAUGCUCAGCGAUGAGUUGACGGCCUCGAGGUUAGAGGUGGGGCAGUUGUCCACCCAGUUGGCGGAAGAGAGGACAGAGAACCAAGCGUGGAGGUCCCGCAUGGAGGCCAAAGAGGCGGAAUGGGAAAAGAGGCUCCGAGAUAUGGCAGCGAUGGUAGAGAGGCUCUCGGCCACUAAGGUGGUCGACUGGACAAAGCAGAGCUGGUAUGGUAUCCAGGGGAAGGAGGUACAGGGGCUCUUUGGCCAGGAAGGAACAACAAAGACGCCGCAACGAGAGGGAAUGGGGAAGGUGUUCCUGGAUCUGACAGAGGCGGCAGCAAGGCGGGAGGCCGAGGAGGGGAGAUUCAGCUUCAGGACUCCCACGGAGUUGGCCUCGCAGCAGGCCACCCCUAUGACAAUUGAGAUUCCUGGGGACGAGACGACGCAGGGACCCCAACCUCCGGUGGUGGAGGGGGGCCCCACAGAGGAGUCCCCUAUGAUCCUUUUGGAGGUGCAGGGGGGUGCCCUGACGGGAGAAGCGACAUCCACUGAGCUGAAGGCAGCGGGGGGAGAGGCAUCCCGACUGGAUGAGCUAGUGGCAGCCAUGGAGCUGGACAUGCCGUCGGGAGGGCCUCAGAGACAGGAGACCCCGGAGUGUGCGCCAGAGACCGGGGAGUUGAGAACGCGGUUAGGCUCUUGGGCCACUGGGACUGACUUAGGAGAGCACAUCUCAGAGCAGCAGCAGGAAGUUAUGAGCAGAUCAGCGACUGCCAUGAUCCCCCAGCCUCCUGACCCACGGGGGGGGCGAGGAGAUGACUGCGAUGGAAGGGACCCACGAAGGUAGGCCGAUGAGAUUGGACACUCCCGUGUACCAACCUGAGGGAGAUGAAAUGCUAGCAAGGCCGAG